AUGUUUAGCGAGAACCAUCGGAAUUCUUCAACAUCCAUAACAACGCGUUUUCCGGUCGCGGUUUAUUUUGACCUUAAAGAAAAAUUUAUUUGUGAUCAAUCGUCGAUAUCAGUAAAACCUGACGAAGCUCUAAGCGAAUGUUUGUUAUCUGCAACUAUCUUGGCGAAAGAGGGUAUUAUCAAUCAAGAUCGUCAUUGUACUUACUUUAUCAAUAGUUUAGUACCGCAAAUAUUUCACCAUUUGUUGACAACAGAUCCUUAUCGCAAUCCCGGUGGUGAAGUAGCAAAAAACAUCUUUAAUAUACUUGAGAUUUUAAUCGAUUUGAUAGCUGCACGAUUAUCGUAUUUUCCUGUGCCAGUGAAUCUGUUGGAAUGUUUAACAUUAGCAUUUAGUUAUGAUACACUAUUUCAACGUAAACAUGUCAUGCAACCAUAUGAAAAAUCAAAAGACCUAGAUGAUAAAUAUAUCUUAACGUUCCCAGCGGUGCCAUUUUCAACGAGCAGACCAGGACAGAAUGGAUGGCUAUGUUCAUUGAUCGAUCGAUUUGUAAAAAAAAAUGGCGUUAUUAAUUUGAAAACACAAUUUAAUAAUGGAAAUUUAACAACGAGAGAAUAUACUGCAUUAUUAUCACCCUUUACCAACUGUUUGGAAUAUGUGAUCAGUGAUAAAUAUCGGCAAUUAUUCGCUUUACAUUUUGAGCAAGCUCUUGAACAUAUUAAAGGUUUAGUAAAAGCAGAUUUAGAAAUAAAGUCGACAAAAGCUGUGUUUGCAUUAUUCGGUACACUUAGAAAAGUAGCUUCUCAGCUUUUGAAGGAUCGUCUUGAAACUAUUGAAGAAUUGCAGCUGAAUUUUACCUUGAAAAUGAUACACUCGUCAAAUUCCAAAGCGAAAAUGGCAUCUCUAAAGGACGUGAGUGAAUAG